AUGGCGAGGAUUAAGGUUCAUGAGCUUAGAGAGAGAUCGAGGAUCGAUCUUCAGAACCAUUUGAAGGAAAACAAGGCUGAGCUCGCUCUCCUCCGUGUCGCUAAAGUCACCGGAGGUGCACCCAACAAGCUCUCCAAAAUCAAGGUUGUGAGGAAAUCGAUUGCUCAGGUGUUGACAGUGAUCUCACAGAAACAGAAGUUUGCUCUAAGGGAAGCAUACAAGAACAAGAAGUUCUUGCCUCUUGAUCUCCGUCCCAAGAAGACACGAGCUAUCCGUAGACGUCUUACUAAGCAUCAGGCUUCGUUGAAGACAGAGCGUGAGAAGAAGAAGGAGAUGUAUUUCCCAGUGAGGAAGUAUGCUAUCAAAGUGUAG